ACAUCACAAAGACCCCAGAGCAGUUUAAAUCAUGACCAGUCACUGUAGUUGUUCAGACAACUUCUGCUUCAGCAUUCUUUCAACGCGCUUGCUUUCCAGUUCGAAGAAUUUUGCACAGUGCGGAAAUACUAAUAAAGACCGGCGACUUAUUCUGAAAGUAUACAUGCAAGCAUUUUGUUCUGAUUUAACUAUCGAAAAGCAUCCGUGCACUCGGAGAUGCCAGCUGCUGUCAUGGACAACUUUGACCGGGGAAGUCCUUUCUCUCAAAGUGAUUCUCAAAGUCCUCUUGAUUGGAGCUCACAGUCAGAAGACCACAGGCACCAUCGAAAAGAGAAAAACAGAGAUGCAGCUCGCAAGAGUCGCAGAAGACAGACAGAAAAGGCAGACGUCCUGCAUGAGGAACUCCAAACCCUAGAGCAGUCUAAUGCCGCAUUCAUAAAAGAAAUAGCUGAACUGAAGAAGGAGCUUCAAUUCUACACCACAGCCUUGGAACAACAUAUACCUCACUGCACUAAACUGUGUCCAGUUGAACCUUCAGUUAGUGUUACAGGAGGACCAUCCACAGCUACACCCUCUACCUCAGAUAUCACCUUCAACUCUGACCCCAACCUCUUGCCAGAACUUGCGUUCUUACCUGACACUAAUUCAGUGGAAUUAUCUCUAACAGACCUCUUCGAAAGUGAUGAUUGGUGUCCGUGGGACUCAGUGAAUGGAAAUGGCUGUCUACAGCAGUUUUAAGGAAGGAGGUAGAAGGGGGUAUCAAGUGCUGCAGCGGCCGCCGUGAUGCUCUACACAUGCAGGCACGUUUGAAGCAGUUCAUCCCCGCCCUGUGUGGAUCUGACCGAACCGAACCGACUGUACGGUAACGGAUUUAAU